UGAUCCCGAAUUGUAUCUUGAUUGGGAGAGAAAGGUGGAGCUUAUGUUCGAUUGCCACUCCUAUUCAGAGCUCAAGAAGGUGAAGUUGGCAGCGGUUGAGUUCUCAGAUUAUGCACUUGUUUGGUGGGAUCAACUGGUAACGAGUAGGAGAAGAAACAAUGAGCCAUCUAUUCAAUCUUGGCAGGAGAUGAAGGCUGUGAUGCGGAAACGUUUUGUGCCAACUCAUUACUACCGAGAGCUUUUCAACAAGUUGCAGACCUUGCGGCAGGGCAGUCGGAGUGUGGAUGAGUAUUAUAAGGAGAUGGAGGUGGCCAUGAUUAGAGCCAAUGUGGAGGAGGAGCGAGAGGCGACGAUGGCAAGAUUCUUAGCUGGUUUACAUUGGGAUAUUCGUGAUAAGGUGGAGUUGCAGCACUACGUUGAGUUGGAGGACAUGGUCCACAUGGCCAUCAAGAUCGAGACUCAACUCAAGCGGCGGAACAACACCAGCAGCAACCAGCGCCAGAGUCCGGGCAAGUGGAGGUCUUCGCAACCUGCUACUAAUGAGGAGAAGAGGCAGUUAGUUCGGUCCCGACCAGAGGGAUCCGGUGCAGCGAAUCAGGGCAGUCCGGCCGUUGCCGAUGGUCGCAAUCGCGAUAAGAAGUGUUUCAAGUGCCAAGGCUUCGGGCAUAUUAUGAGUGACUGUCCGAACAGAAGACUCAUGAUCAUGCGAGAUGACGGCGAAGUUGUGACGGAUGAUAAUGCCACUGAUGAGGAGGAGUGUGAGGAGAUUUUCGCGCCCAAUGGACAACUUUUUGUUGCUCGGCGUGCUUUGAGUGUACAAACCCCACCCUCGGAGCGCGAGCAGAGGGAGAACCUUUUUCACACGAGAUGUCUUGUUCAAGACAAGGUAUGUAGUGUGAUCAUUGAUGGUGGGAGUUGCACGAAUGUGGCUAGUAGAGCCAUGGUGGACAGAUUGGGGCUGACCACGGAGAAGCACCCCAAGCCAUAUCGUUUGCAGUGGCUAAAUGAGACUGGCAUUAUCAGAGUGACCAAGCAAGUGAAGGUCCCUUUUCGCAUUGGGACGUAUGAGGAUGCGGUGGUGUGUGAUGUGAUCCCUAUGCAAGCGAGCCACAUCCUGUUGGGGCGCCCGUGGCAAUUUGAUCGCCGUGAAUUUGAUGAUGUUUUUCCCGAAGAUACACCUACCGGCUUACCACCACUCCGAGGGAUUGAGCAUCAGAUUGACUUUGUGCCCGGUGCAAUUUUGCCGAACAGACCAGCCUACCGCACCAACCCGGAGGAGACGAAGGAGUUGGAGAGACAAAUUGGCGAGUUGUUGGCCAAAGGGCAUGUAAGGGAAAGCCUGAGUCCUUGUGCGGUACCAGUUCUCCUUGUUCCAAAGAAGGACUCGUCGUGGAGGUUUGUUGUUAGUGCACAAGGUGUACAGGUUGAUGAGGAGAAGAUCCGAGCAAUCCAAGAGUGGCCAACACCGAGGAACAUUGCAGCAGUUCGAAGCUUUCAUGGUCUUGCUAGCUUCUAUAGGCGAUUCGUGCCUCACUUCAGCAGUAUUGCCGCACCUUUGACGGAAGUCAUCAAGAAGAAUGUGGAGUUUAAAUGGGGCAAAGCGCAAGAGGAUGCAUUUCAGCAGUUAAAAUACAAAUUGACCCAUGCCCCGGUAUUAUCUCUUCCAAAUUUCUCCAAAUCUUUUGAGAUUGAAUGUGAUGCUUCUGGUGUUGGUAUUGGUGCAGUGUUGAUGCAAGAGAGACGUCCCAUUGCGUAUUUCAGCGAGAAGUUAAAUGGGGCAACGUUGAGUUAUCCAACGUAUGAUAAGGAGUUGUAUGCAUUGGUGAGAGCUUUGCAAACAUGGCAGCACUACUUGUGGCCCAACGAGUUUGUCAUUCACACGGACCAUGAGUCGUUGAAACACUUGAAAGGCCAACACAAGUUGAACAAGCGACAUGCGAGGUGGAUGGAGUUCAUUGAGACGUUUCCCUACGUCAUCAAAUACAAGCAAGGUAAAGAGAAUGUUGUGGCUGAUGCACUUUCUCGAAGGCAUGAUGAUUUUCUUUUUAGGAAGAAUAAGUUAUGUGUGCCUCAAUGUUCUUUACGAGAGUUGUUAUUGCUUGAGUCUCAUGGUGGGGGUUUGAUGGGACACUUUGGCAUUGCUAAGACUUUGGCUGUUCUGCAUGAACAUUUCUUUUGGCCUCAUAUGAAACGUGAUGUUGAGAAAAUUUGUGGUCGAUGUGUUACAUGUAAACAAGCUAAAUCUAGGGUAAGUCCCCAUGGUUUGUAUACACCAUUGCCUAUUCCUAACGCACCUUGGAUUGAUAUUUCUAUGGAUUUUGUGUUAGGUUUGCCUAGGACUAAGCGUGGUCGAGAUUCCAUCUUUGUGGUUGUUGAUCGAUUUUCUAAGAUGGCACAUUUUAUUCCUUGUCAUAAAUCUGAUGAUGCAUCUCAUGUGGCUGAUCUAUUCUUUAAAGAGAUUGUUAGAUUGCAUGGUAUGCCUAGGACUAUUGUUUCUGAUCGGGAUUCCAAGUUCUUGAGUUAUUUUUGGAAGACUUUGUGGUGUAAGUUGGGUACCAAACUUUUGUUUUCUACUACUUGUCAUCCACAAACUGAUGGUCAAACCGAGGUAGUGAAUAGAACUUUGUCUACCUUACUUCGAGCUAUUAUUCAAAAGAACGUUAAGUCGUGGGAAGAGUGUCUUCCUCAUGUGGAAUUCGCUUAUAACCGUGCUGUUCAUUCUGCCACUAAGUUUUCUCCAUUUGAAAUCGCGUAUGGAUUUAACCCUUUAACACCUUUGGAUUUGACUCCGUUACCCGAGAUUGAGCAGCCCGGUGAUUGGGUUUGGCUAAACAUGCGCAAGGAAAGAUUUCCAGAGCAGAGGCGCUCCAAGUUACUCCCUCGGGGCGAUGGUCCAUUCCAAGUAUUGGAACGGAUCAAUGAUAAUGCCUACAAACUCGAUUUACCCGGUGAGUAUAAUGUGAGCGCUACAUUCAAUGUUACUGACUUAAGUCCCUUUGAUGUAGGCGACGUUGUGGAUUUGAGGACAAAUCCUUUUCAAGAGAGGGGGAAUGAUGCAGUUCAGAGUAGAGGUCAGGAUGCAGAGCAGAGCCGAAUUUCAGAGGCUGCACAGAGUGAAGAUCCGGUGCACGUGCCCGUUGGUCCAGUGACGAGAGCUAGGGCCAGGACGUUCAAAGCCAAUUUAAUGAACUUGGUGGAGGAAAUCUGGAGGCAAGAGCUGAAAAGGCCAAUUGGAGAAGGACCGACGGAUCAGAGUUCAAAGGUGGUAAACUUUAUUGCUUACCGAGUUGAACCACCAGAGAAGUCUCGAUUCCUCUGGCUUUGCCAGAACAGCGGAAUCAUGCCGCCCAGAGAAGACUCGAUCCCUCUGGCCUUGCCAGAGCAGCGGAAUCGUUACCCCCGGGAAGAAGCGACUGGGCAGAGAACUCACGUUGAGUCUGCCCGAGCAGAGAACUCAAGUGGAGUCUGCCCGAGCAGAAAACUCAACUGGAGUCUGCCCGAGCAGAGAACUCACUCUUCCGCUUACAAAUCAUUUAGACCUGGUAAUUUCCAUAUCGUUAUAUUAUUGCUGGUGUUUGCCGGUGAAAUCCUUAACUACCGGCGAAGAUCAUAUCAGCGGGCGUGA